CAGAACAUCGCGGACGUCACCUGAUCUACAAUCGUAUAUGUCGCAAGGUGUUGGUAUAUGAGACCGCUGGCCAUAACAUCCACUGCAUUUUCCCGAAUACACCACUGUGCACUCCAGUGUGAGAUACGCCAUCUACAUUAGGGGUUAUCACCCUGGAGCCCCGACUCAGUAUUCUGUUAUUCGUCACCACCAGGAUAUAAAGUGUGACAGGUCUGUUUCUCUAGGACUGAACGAUGCCGAUAUUCCAGACAUGCGCAGUGCUCCUAGACGGCAAGAAGGAAGUGUACCGGAAGGGAGAGACGGUGGCGGGGUCUUUAGUGCUGGACGUCACAGAGAAUGUCAUAGUGAAGGGGGUAAGAGUUUACCUGUAUGGGGAGACGCUCGUCAAGUGGGACGAGUACUCGUCAGAAGCCUUUGGAGGAACCAAGGACUUCAUCGCAAAGGAAAAAUAUAUUGGAUUCGUUUUAACAGUAUUUGGCAAGAAACAAAACACCGAUGGGCCAAACCCCACCCUUACAGCGGGACGACACAAUUACAGGUACAAGUUCAACCUCCCAAAGGAAGGCCUACCGUCGUCUUACGAGGGCGAAUAUGGCGCCAUCAGAUUCUGGCUUAAGGUUGAGGUGGACAGGCCGUUUCCCAGCUUCGACCAGUGCUGGUACCACGGCAUCACCGUCCUGGACGACAUCAACGUCAAUGAAUCACAGUAUAAGGCACCAAUCCGACGCACGGCACAGAAACCAGUGUCUAAGGCUCUUGGAUUAGGAAAUGCUGGUUCUCUGACCUUGAACGUCGCAACUGACAGGGGAGCUUACUGUCCGGGCGAAAAGGUCGCUCUGAAAGUCGUGGUGAAGAACGAGUCAACGAAGGACAUGGGGAAACUGAAGGCUGAGUUGGAGCAGAAAGUUGUCUUCACGGCCAACAACGAGACGAAGACACUUUACAGUGUGAUCAGGAUCCUGGAAGGAUCACCUGUCAAGAGGGGAGCGGAGCAGGUGUGGAACAACCAACUGCUCAAUGUAGACGCCAUUCCACCGUCGACAAAGCCCAGGUCCUGCCACAUCAUCGUCAUCAGCUACUGCAUCAAGGUCCUGGUUGAGGUGCCUUUCGGAUUUGACCUUGAGACCAUCAUGCCCAUCACUAUCGGCACCAUCCCGUACGGCCACGCCCCUGCUGCUGGGGCACCGAGAGGGGGAGCUACUGCUAGCGGCGGUGCAGGGAUCGAUGCUUCCUCUGCGAUAACCUACACCAAAUGCAACCGUGGAUUCGAAAUGUUUGAUGGGUCGGAAGGAAAUUUUGUGAACUAUAUCUACACCCCCAUGUGUGCCUAUGUCGUCAAUUACACCUUCCCCCCUCCUCGAUCGGCCGCCACUGCUGCUGCACGACCACGCUCUCGAGAACAGACCAGGACAGUAUCGCAAGACGUGAAGGUUCCUCCAGCAGACUUUGCCCAAGCCCCACUCCAACCCUCUGCUCCUCCGAUGGCUAUGCCCCCGACUUAUGAAGAUGUGUUGAGGAAAACUGCUAUUACAGUAGAGAAGGUCGACAAGCCCUAUGGUCUACUAUUCAUUCGGUUCCAGGACGCCUGUGUCACAGAGUUCAGAGACAUCAUUGUGAGAGAACAGCGGAGUCUUGCAGAGUGUGAGGGAAACAUCAUUGCAUUUGCGCCACAGGUCAUACACGAACCUGACCAAUGGCCAACACGAACGUCUAUCGCCAUGUUGAAGUUCCCGUCUAUCGAGGUGGCAACUGAUUGGUUCAACAAGACGCUAGGGGUCGCUGAUCCAAAAUGGCUGGAAACAUGUGACGCCAUUGUUGGAGUUAUGAAGGAACAGUUCAGAAAAGCGAACCGCAUCUUUUCCAUAUCAACAUCGCGAUUAAAGGUUUUACCACAACUAAAGGCCAGGUUGACCAAGCUCCUGAAACUAUACGAUAAGACGUUACGUCCUCUCAGGAUAAGGAAGACAGGCGUGUGUCUAGUAGUGACGAGCAAGUACAUAACACUCCGAGGCAAAUGGGUAGAAGACAAUUACAGCAUCACCGCCACACAGUGGAAGAGUAUGGAUCUGUUUUACGAGUGGAAAAGCGAAACCAAAUGUGGUCCCAAUAAAGAAUGCUAUGACAUGUACAAGGAACUGUAUGACGAAAAAGAAGGCAUUGUAUUUCAAUCUGAGGAUUUGUCUCUCUUUCAAAUGACAUCCAUACAAACUGAAAAUCCGGCCAUCGAAAUUCAGUCAGAGUAUUCCCAAGCUCAAAGCGAGGCUCCAGGGGUUGAGAUCGAGGUUUCAGGGGAACGACAGACAGAAAUCACGAGAUCUGACAGUUCAGCCAUCGAAGUGCAAUCGCAGAAUAUCAAUAGUGUCGCUACCCAAACCCCAAGCGAGGCAUCAGCUGAUGGGAAUGAGGCUGAAGGGGAAGAGGAAGAGGAAGAGGAAGAAACUGCUGACAUAAAAACCACAAUAGCUAACUUACAAUAAAGUCUUGGAAGAUUCCCUACUGUUUACACAAGACAUUUGUACGGAAAGGUUGUGGAGUCUAUAGUUACGGCUUUAGUUGAUGUGUUUUACGGGAAGAAGACUGUUGCUUAAUGAUGAAUUUAUUAUGUAUGUUGCUUUAUGAUGUAUGUUGCUUUAUGAUGUAUUUAUGAUGUAUGUUGCUUCAUGAUGUAUUUAUGAUGUAUGUUGCUUUAUGAUGUAUGUUGCUUUAUGAUGUAUUUAUGAUGUAUGUUGCUUUAUGAUGUAUUUAUGAUGUAUGUUGCUUUAUGAUGUAUUUAUGAUGUAUGUUGCUUUAUGAUGUAUUUAUGAUGUAUGUUGCUUUAUGAUGUAUUUAUGAUGUAUGUUGCUUUAUGAUGUAUUUAUGAUGUAUGUUGCUUUAUGAUGUAUUUAUGAUGUAUGUUGCUUUAUGAUGUAUUUACAAUGUUUGUUGCUUUAAGAUGUAUUUAUGAUGUAUGUUGCUUUAUGAUGUAUUUAUGAUGUAUGUUGCUUUAUGAUGGUUGAUUGGAUACUGCACACGUUCACCUAUAGGAUGGUUAUUGCAAACAAAGUUCAUGUAAUUAUUACAUUACUAAAUGUAUAUAAUGUUAUGUGCAAUACCAUGUUACAAAGAUAUCUCUUGGUGAUACUCGUUCACAUACUAAUAGAGCGAAAUCAGCGAGCAUGACAUGAUAUUCAUGUGGUCACUGUGAAUCCAAGAUAAGUCUGAACUGUAAUUAGUGUGACGGUAAAAAUAGAUAAGUGUUAUUGUGAUCAGAGAUUAGUGUUACUGACAUACGAGAUUAGUGCGACUGUGAUCAGAUCAGAGAUUACAUCAAAGAGCGCAGAUGAUAUGUAACGUGUAACAACAGCAUGUCCGAUAUUUGAGUAAAGAAAAUCUCGAAUGGUAUUAAUCACAGCUUGAAUGGUUUUAUAUUCACAUUUCAUAAUGGCUGCGGGAAACAAUGAAUAUAUGACAUACGAUCUUGAUAUAUAAUACCAAGUGCCAAUGUGCUCCAUGCAGAACAGGCGAAGAUACGCGCUUAAACGUAAAUUUCUGAUUACAUUGACUAUGCUUGUUGUAAGAGGCGACUAACAGGAUCGGGUGGUCAGGCUCGCUGAUUUGGUGGAUGCAUGUCAUCGAUCCCAAUUGCGUGGAUCGAUGCUCAUGAUAUCAAUCAUUGGAUCGUCUGCUCCAGACUCGAUUUUUUACAGACCGCCGUCAUUUAGAUGGAAUAUUGCUGAGUGCGGCGUUAAAAAAAGAAAGAAAAAAAGGGUACAUUGAAGUGUCUUAAAAUCUCUCCUUAUCUAAUCUCGCAAUGUCGGCCACCAAUUGACAUUUUCAAAUCAUUUAAGAUUACAGUUCGGUGUACGUAGUACAUAUGGAAAUCAUACACAUAAUUUGUGGAUGCAUGUUCAUAUUGACUGACAUUUGUAGAUACUGAAAAGUGUCAAGUUUGACAAUUAUUGGAUUAUCUGGUGAGGAGCAAUAGGUUAAAAUUGUUGUUGUACAUGAAUUAUUUUUUAUUUUUUUGCCCGUAGCCUUCAGAACUGUGAAGCUGCAAUUAGUGAUUACUACAGACAGCCUUAGUCUUCAUACAAACUCAAAAGUUGGUCGUAAUUGGACCACUGGUUUUCUGAGGUACAGGUGGUUGCCAAACGGUUCGUAGAAACACAACCACAAACACGUUCUUGACACUACAGCGGAUCAGUGAAACACAUUCAAGAGGCCGCGGUAACAACGACAAUGCUUGGUAUUUUAACGUCAGGGUCUACGGACAAAGCAGUGCGGGUUAAAGGUACACGUGCGACCUCUAUGAUGACAUUGAGGCUGUCAUUGGGGCCAUGGUUGAAUGACAAACUUAUAUACUCGUUCGUAACCAAACAUUGCUGCGUCAUGUACUAAUAGUCCAGCUUUGUGUUUGUUAGGUCGGACAACUUUCUUGUUGCUUUUAUAUUAUGUCUGUACACCAUACAUCAGGAGUUGUGCAAAUAA